ACUGUCUGGUUGCGAUGUGGAGAGAACACAUUUCGAAGCGCAGUUCGCAGUUCGGUCGUUGAUUUGCCAUUCGCGGUGGUGCCAUUUUGCGUUGGACGAGAUUCUGCCGCUCCUGCUGGCGAACGGAGAGCUGCGUGGAAAAGCGAGAGCUUCGCGUGAUUGAAAACGCCACUGGUGAAUGCUCGUUGGCUUGCUGAAACUAAAAUUUGCGUAUGCUCGCGUUGUGGUUGUGUGUGCUUGCUAGAAAUAUACGUACGAAAAUUCGGAAAACUGCAUCACGAAACCGGUGGCUUACGGACAUUGAAGAAAAGAUAAAACAGUGCCACUAGCUUCCUAAGCCCGCUUUAACCCAACGCCCGAUCUCGUGUGUUACAUUACAUCAUUUACAUAAGCACAUUUCGUUUCGUUUCGUCGGUCGAACUAAAAAAAAGGUCAUCGAAGCAGCGAACAGAUCGCGCCACGCGCUAGUGCAACAGGUCAUCCCGAUCAGGCUCCGGCUUACGAACGCACCUCGAACGUCUUCAUUUUCCAGCGACCAACGCAGCCAGCACCAUGCCUUUCAAGCCAGCUGAUAACCCCAAGUGCCCCAAGUGCGGCAAGUCGGUGUACGCCGCCGAGGAGCGUGUCGCCGGCGGAAACAAAUGGCACAAGCAGUGCUUCAAGUGCGGUAUGUGCGGCAAGAUGCUCGACUCCACAAACUGUGCAGAGCACGAAAACGAGCUGUACUGCAAGAACUGCCACGGUCGCAAGUACGGACCGAAGGGCUACGGCUUCGGUGGAGGCGCCGGGUGCCUCUCGAUGGACACUGGCGCCCAGUUUCAGGGCGAGGGCACGAACGGACACUUUGAACCCAAACCAAUGUCAAAGGCACCUGAAGGAGAGGGUUGCCCUCGCUGCGGCGGAUAUGUUUACAUGGCCGAGCAGAUGUUGGCACGUGGAAGAGGUUAUCAUCGGCGCUGCUUCAAAUGCUUAGUCUGCAACCGUACGCUUGACUCCACGAUGCACUGCGAUGGACCAGAUAAAGAGAUUUACUGCCGAGGCUGCUACGCCAGUCGGUUUGGUUCCCGUGGGUACGGUCAUUCGGGUAUCUCCUCGCUUGGCUUAAUGAGUGACGCGCGCGAUUUGGACUUCAAGAGUGAGUUCGCCCCUAAACCGUCAGCAGUCGAUACGACGGUGAUUAAGGCCUCACCCGGUCAGGGUUGCCCACGAUGCGGUGGUGUCGUAUUCGCAGCCGAACAAGUCCUGUCGAAGGGCCGCGAAUGGCACCGCAAGUGCUACAAGUGCCGCGAUUGCAGCAAGACGCUCGACUCGAUCAUCGCAUGUGAUGGUCCUGAUCGUGACGUGUACUGCAAAACCUGCUACGGCAAGAAGUGGGGCCCGCACGGAUACGGAUUCGCCUGUGGGUCUGGAUUCCUGCAGACUGACUGCAUGAGUGAGGAACAAUUGGCUUCCCAGAAACCGAUGGUGACGAUCGACACGACCGUGAUCAAGGCACCGCAGGGCCAGGGAUGUCCGCGGUGCGGUGGCAUGGUGUUUGCUGCUGAACAGCAGCUAGCCAAGGGCACUAUGUGGCACAAGAAGUGCUUCAACUGCAACGAAUGCCACCGGCCGCUUGAUUCCAUGAUCGCGUGUGAUGGACCAGACCGUGAAAUCCAUUGCCGUGCCUGUUACGGCAAGCUAUUCGGACCGAAGGGCUUUGGUUUUGGUCAUACUCCUACGCUGGUUUCGACCGAUGUCCAGUCCGCCCCAGUACACACCGAUGCCAAGCCAGCCGACGGACCAAAGGCAAAGGACGGUAAGGGAUGCACCCGGUGCGGAUAUGCCGUGUACGAAGCCGAAAAGAUGCUGAGCAAAAACCGCAUCUGGCAUAAGCGGUGCUUCAGCUGCUUCGAUUGCCACAAAUCGCUCGACUCGACGAACCUGAACGAUGGCCCGAACGGUGAGAUUUACUGCCGGGGCUGCUACGGUCGCAACUAUGGCCCGCGAGGUGUCGGUUUUGGUAUGGGUGCUGGCACCCUAACGAUGGCCUAAGGACCCGGAAGGACCCUCACCAGAUCCACGUCACAGCGACAUAGUGAUGAACGACUUCGUUUGAAUGUGUGUUUUUAUUUCGUUUUUUUUUUGCUCAAUCACUCGAUUUUUGAUUGCGCUUGCACGCAGGCAGCUGACGCAAUGGGUUGCAAAAUGGGCCCUCGACGCCAUUACGAUCGCUUAAACGGUUCACUUUAGAGUAGCAUUCCGAACCGAACGCUAGCGAUGGAGCUGUUCUCACACAUACACACCGGCUGGUGCGAUUGGAGUGCCAGAGCUCUAUGAUCUUAAAUGUGUUUUUCUCCUGCUGACCCACCAUUUUGUUUUCUAUUCCUGGACGGUUCGUUUACAUGUCCUGGUUGAAGUCUUACUCACUCUUCCGGCAACCGUAGCUGCUCUUUCGAAAAAACAAAAAAAAACAGAACGUAACUUUUAUUGUGUAAGAUGUUCUUAGGUGUAAGCUUUGCUGCUCGUACAAAUAUUUAAUGCCACAACAAACAUACACGGCCAUGAAAACAAAAUGCACGCACACAAACACACUUACAUGAGGGCGGAGAGAGAGCGGCGCACAAGGCAAGCGAAGUACAUUUCGUCAGCUGCCUUGUGUUGUUCGAAAUCGAUCAUAAUUUCCAUGGAAAUGCGGUAAAGCUUACGAUAGAUUAUUUUUUGUUUUAUUUUCGUGGAACAAACGGAAACGACGAAACGACCGGGCUUGCCGUUUGGGAGCCCGCGAUCAUCUGCGAGUGUGCGCAUAUCAUCACAGUCACACACACAUUUUCACGACCACGUGUUCAUGCACGAUCGAGUCUUUGAAGGUUUUACUAGGGGAGGCAGUACUAGGGCGAGUAGAGGGACACAUUUUGUGAUGCUGGUGGAGUUCAACAAAAGGCCUUAAAGCCCUUAGCCCUAGUUAAGAUUAAAAAGAAGUAAACAAACAAACAAAAAACGCUUUACGCAUCGCGCUCAACUCACAUAUCUAGAAACGCUGUACCGAAUGUGUGCUAGAGAAGAUUGGUUGCUAACCGUGUUGAUGUAGUAAAAGAAGAUGUACCACAGGCUGAACCACCCUGUUUUAGCUGCUGCGUGGGAAGUCGGCAUUGAUUGAUUCUGGACGAUGUUGGACGUUUUUCUACUUUUAUUUAAAACUAUUUUUUUUGCUGACGCCUCUUUGUGAACGCAAAUGCUUCUACCCGCGUUAUGCUAGAACGCAGCCCUACCACUAAAAACAUUGAAUGAUUUUUACUUUUGUAUCGUAAACCUAAUUGUAUCACAUUAUAUUACCAUUAUAAACGCUAACGUGUAUUAUUACUUUUUGUGAAGCAAAAGUAAUUUGAACAAACAAACAUUAAAAAAAAUUAAAUCGCGCAACUGAUAACGUAACGUGAAACUUUAUAAGAAAACGAUAUUUUAUCAAUAAAGGAACGGAA